UCUCUCGCACCGACGCCUCGCCGGGCCACUUCGCCACAGUGUUGGUCAUGCUGCGCAGCACCGUCGUCCGCGUGGACCACCUCUGCUGCGGGAUGGAGGCGAAGCUCAUCCGGGACAUGCUCGGUCCGCUCGAGGCGGUGGCCGAGGUCAAGAUCUCUGUCACUGAUCGCCGUGUCAACGUUGAGCAUACAGACGGGCUCGCGCCAGAGUCGAUCGUCGACAUGCUGAACCGGAAGCACCUGGGCGCGUCGCUGCAGGACAAGUCGGUGGUCGAGUCGGUGGGCAGCAGCUUCAACCACGCGGAGAUCGUCCGCCUCACCGUCAACGCGACUCAGAUCGUACUCUUCGCGGCGACCCUCGCGCUGCCGCGCGUCGGCUUCCCAAAGAUGGCGUACGGGCUUGCGUGGGCGUGCGUCGCGAUGAGCGUCGCGCUCUUCCACGAGGCGUACCUCGCGCUGCGGCGUCGCUCGCCAAACGUGGAGCUGAUGAUGGCGAUCGCGGUGGUCGGCGCGCUGGUACAGGGCAACGUGGUCGAGGCCGCCUCGGUCGGCGCGUUGGUCACGCUGAUGGACUUAGUCAAGGUCUGCGCGCUCGAGGCGGUCGGUCGGCGGCUGCGCGGCUCCGUCGUCUCUGAGCCACUCGGCGUCGAGGUGCCCGGGGGCGGGAAAAUGCCCCUGGCAAACCUGGCGGCGGGCAACUUGUACUUUCUGCCCGUGGGCAACGUCUUGCCUGCAAACGGAAGGGGAAAUAGCGUCCUCUCCGGUGCGAUCGUGUCGGCGGGCUACCUACACGUGCGUGCCGAGGCGCCUGUCUCGGGCUCCUUCCAGGGGCGCGUCGCGUCUGCAGUCGAAGAGGCGAAAACGACCCUUUCGGAAAUGGAGGAGCUCGUCGGCAGGUUCCCCACUUGGUACACCCCCACUGUCCUCGGCUUGGCGGUGGCGCUCGGGCUGUACAAGGGCUUCCAGCAAUUUCUGGUCCUGGCGAUCGGGCUCGACAAGACGGGCACUCUGACUACGGGCCACUUUGAGCUCUUGAGGCUGGAGCCUCUGCCCGGGGCGGCGCACACGCGGCAGGUACUGCACCGAUGGGUGGCGGCUGUCGAGGACCAGGACAACCACCCGCUCGCGCGCAGCUUGGUGGCGAGCUACAAGGGCUGCGUCGCCGACUUUGUGGCCUCGGGCGAGAGCCUGCCCGCCACGAGCGGCUACCAGCGGCACGGGCGGGACGGCGUCAGUGCGACGGUCGAGGGGCGGCGGGAGAAGGCGGCGGCCGCCGCCGGAAAGGGCGAGCACGCGGGCGAGCCGCUUCCUGCCGCAGCAGCGGACGCCGCGCAGCGCCUCGCGGCGGAGAUCACGAGCGAGCAGGCCGGCAGCGGCAGCGUGCUCUAUGUGGUUGUGGACGGCGUCGUUGGCGGCGUGAUGCUGCUGGACGACGCUCUCAAGCCGCAGGCGCAGCCGCGUAGUACAGCCAUGCGCGCACACGCCCUAACAACUGCGGCGGCCGCCACCGUGCAGCAGCUGCGAGGCCUCGGCGUGCGCCCGAUCCUGCUGACGGGGGACCGCUCGGCGGCGGCCCGACGCGUGGCGAGAGCCGUCGGCAUCGGCGAAGCGGACACGCACGCGGGCUUGCUGCCGACUGUCAUCGCUUGCCCGAGUAGCACAUUGCAGUUGUUCACUGUGGCUGUGGACCUGGAGCAGAGCAUGCUGCCGAGGGCGGGUCGCGGCCCGUUGGUCGUGGGCUUCGUCGGCGACGGCCUCAACGACUGCCCCGCGCUCGCCAGCGCGCACGUGGGGAUUGUGCUGCAGGAGGUGGGCACGCAGGCGACCGUCGACGCCGCGUCGGCGGUCCUCCAAGUGGACAUCGACCAGCUGCCCGCGGCGGUCACCAUCGCCCGACGCGCGCGCCGACUCGUGCUCACCAACCUCCUGCUCGCUCUCAGCAUCAAUGUGGCUGUCAUCGGCCUCGCGGCGACGUGUGGGCUGCCGCUGUGGCUCUCGGUCCUCUCCGACUCUGGCGGCCUGCUCGUCGUCCUCGCCAACUCUCUCUGGCCGCUCACGUGGCGCGUCGGGCAGGCAGCGCCGCGGGCGCGCCACAACUCCUUUGGGCUGGGAUGA